AUGAUCCUGUUCUGCUGGUCAGUGCUGAUUAGUGGAAAGACCCUGAAGAUCCCAGCUGUAAAAGCGACAGCUCCGAGCUCCCUCCGCCCCACCGUUGGGCUCUGGUUAGCUCCCGACCCCCUCCUGACCCCGGUCCGUGACUGCCCGUCCCCUGCCCUUCCCCCAGCAGAUCUGCCCGAGAACGCCGGGGGUCCCUGGCGCCGGCCCCGGGGGUCCAAGAGCGCGGGGCCGGGGAGCAGCGGGAGGGAGCGCUCCUCUCGGUACCUGCUCCAGCCCAGGUCCCUCGCCGAGGCUCCCGCGACCCUCGCGGCAGCCCGGGCCCCUCCUCCGCCCUCCAGGCUCACCCGGCCCUGGCCAGGUCCCAACGCUGCCCCCACCCACCCGGAGCCCCGCGCAUCCGAGAAUCCCCUCCAAGCCGGCGCCGGGAGAACUUACCACAUGCAGCUCCACCUGGGAACUAGCACAUCGGGAGGGGUUUCUGCCCACUCCUCAAGCUACUCCCGCUCCAUGCGGAAUCCCCCGCUCCGGGGGCCCGAGGGUGGCGCCGGGGAGCGGGCAGGAGGCGAGACCGAAGCUAAGACUCCGCCGUCCUCUGCCUGCGCGCUCGGAGCAUUAUACAAUGGUGGAGGAGGAGGCGGCGGCGGCGGCAGGCAGCGGAGGAGGAAGCCGGAGGCGGGCGGAGGGGGCGCCCUGACCGAGCGAGCGGCAGCCAGCGCUCCAGCACUAGCUGUGCAGGAGUGA